CCCUCCUCGCCCGGCCGCGGGCCCGGCCCCCUCCCCCGCCAUGAAGAAGCUGUGGGUGAAGAAGCGUUUCCAGAAAACCGGCCACUCCCGCCGGGCCUUUGGCCGACUCACCCAUGUUUUCCGCUCCUGCAGAAAGCAAAGUUACGACUCGGAGACGGGCGAGGAUGACAUCAGCGAUGUGCAGGGGACCCAGCGCCUGGAGCUUCGGGAUGACGGGGCCUUCAGCACCCCCACGGGGGGCUCCGACACCCUGGUGGGCACCUCCCUGGACACACCCCCGACCUCCGUGACAGGCACCUCUGAGGAGCAAGUGAGCUGGUGGGGCAGCGGGCAGACGGUCCUGGAGCUGGAAGCGGGCAGCAGGGGUGGCACCCGCCGCCUCCCAGGCAGCCCAAGGCAAGCACAGGCAACCGGGGCCGGGCCACGGCACCUGGGGGUGGAGCCGCUGGUGCGGGCGUCUCGAGCUAAUCUGGUGGGCGCAAGCUGGGGGUCAGAGGAUAGCCUUUCGGUGGCCAGUGACCUGUACGGCAGCGCAUUCAGUCUGUACAGAGGACGGGCGCUCUCAAUCCACGUCAGCGUCCCUCCGAGUGGACUGUGCAGGGAGGAACCUGACCUCCAGCCUCAGCCUGCCAGCGAAGCGCCGCGUCGCCCGGCCCCACCGCCUCCCUCCAAAUCCGCGCUGCUGCCCCCACCGUCCCCUCGGGUGGGUAAGCGGCCCCCGCCGGGGCCCAGCGCCCAGCCUCCAGCCACAAGCGCCUCGCCCCACCGGCGCCCCCAGGAGCCCGCGCUGCCUGAGGACAACGCCGCGGAAGAGAAGCGAGGGAAAAAAUCCAAGGCGUCGGGGCCCUCGCUGGCGGGCCCCGCGGAGUCCCGGCCCCAGACGCCGCUGAGCGAGGCUUCGGGCCGCCUGUCCGCGCUGGGCCGCUCCCCGCGGCUGGCGCGCGCCGGCUCCCGCAUCCUGGACAAACUGCAGUUUUUCGAGGAGCGACGGCGCAGCCUGGAGCGCAGCGACUCGCCGCCGGCGCCCCUGCGGCCCUGGGUGCCGCUGCGCAAGGCCCGCUCGCUGGAGCAGCCCAAGUCGGACGGCGAGGCGCCGUGGGGCACGCCCGGGGCGUCCCAGGAGGAGCUUCGGGCGCCGGCGGGCAGCGUGGCCGAGCGGCGCCGCCUGUUCCAGCAGAAGGCGGCCUCGCUGGACGAGCGCACGCGGCAGCGCAGCCCGGCCUCCGACCUCGAGCUGCGCUUCGCGCUGGAGCUGGGCCGCAUCCGGCGCUCCACGUCGCGGGAAGAGCUGGUGCGCUCGCACGAGUCCCUGCGCGCCACGCUGCAGCGCGCCCCUUCCCCGAGGGAGCCCGGCGAACCCCCCCUCUUCUCCCGGCCCGCCACCCCCAAGACCCCGCGGGCCGUGAGCCCCGCCGCCGCCACCCAGCCAACUCCUCCCAGCGCUGCGGGGAAGCCGGCGGACGAGCCGGGGAGGCCCCGCAGUCGCGGUCCGGCGGGCAGGACGGAGCCCGGGGAAGGCCCGCAGCAGGAGGUUAGGCGGCGGGACCAGUUCCCGCUGACCCGGGGCAGAGCCAUCCAGGAGUGUCGGAGCCCGGUGCCCCCGGCCGCCGCCGAUCUCCCCGAGGCCAGGACGAAAGCUCCCCCGGGUCGGAAGCGGGAGCCCCCAGCGCAAGCCGUGCGCUUCCUGCCCUGGGCCACUCCGGGCCAAGAGGGCGCGGCUUUGCCCCAGACCUUGGAGAAGAACAGGGCGGGGCCUGAGGCAGAGAAGAGGCUACGCCGAGGACCCGAGGAAGAUGGGCCCUGGGGGACUUGGGACCGCCGGGGGACCCGCAGCCAGGGCCGAGUGCGGCGGACCCGGCCCACCUCGCCAGAGCUCGAGUCUUCCGACGACUCCUACGUGUCCGCCGGAGAAGAGCCUCUGGAGACCCCGGUGUUUGAGAUGCCCCUGCAGAACACGGUGGUGGCUCCAGGAGCUGACGUGCUGUUCAAGUGUAUCGUCACCGCCAACCCCUGGCCCCAAGUGUCCUGGCAGAAGGAUGGGUCCACGCUGCGCAGUGAUGGCCGCCUUCUCAUCCGUGCUGAGGGCGAGAGGCACACCCUGCUUCUCCGGGAGGCCCGGGAGGCCGACGCUGGGAACUAUACAGCUACAGCCACCAACGAGCUGGGCCAGGCCAGCUGUGCUGCCUCCCUGGCCGUGAGACCUGGUGGGUCCACAUCUCCUUUCAGCAGCCCCAUCACCUCUGACGAGGAGUACCUGAGCCCCCCGGAAGAGUUCCCUGAGUCUGGGGAGACCUGGCCUCAAACUCCCACGAUGAAACUCAGCCCCACCCAGAACCGCUGUGCCUCGGACACUGGCUCCAGGGCACCCCCCACCUUCAAGGUCUCACUUAUGGACCAGUCAGUAAGAGAAGGCCAAGAUGUCACCAUGAGCAUCCGUGUGCAGGGGGAGCCCAAGCCUGUGGUCUCCUGGCUGAGGAACCGGCAGCCCGUGCGCCCCGACCAGCGGCGCUUCGCGGAGGAGGCGGAGGGCGGGCUGUGCCGGCUGCGGAUCCUGGCGGCCGAGCGGGGUGACGCUGGCUUCUACACCUGCAAAGCGGUUAACGAGUACGGCGCGCGGCAGUGCGAGGCCCGCCUGGAGGUCCGAGCACACCCUGAAAGCCGGUCCCUGGCCGUGCUGGCACCCCUGCAGGACGUGCACGUAGGGGCCGGGGAGAUGGCGCUGUUUGAGUGCCUGGUGGCGGGUCCUGCCGACGUGGAGGUCGACUGGCUGUGCCGCGGCCGCCUGCUGCAGCCUGCGCUGCUCAAAUGCAAGAUGCAUUUCGACGGCCGGAAAUGCAAGCUGCUGCUCACCUCCGUGCAUGAGGACGACAGUGGUGUCUACACCUGCAAGCUCAGCACGGCCAAAGACGAACUGACCUGCAGCGCCCGGCUGACCGUGCGGCCCUCGCUGGCGCCCCUGUUCACCCGGCCGCUGGAGGACGUGGAGGUGUUGGAGGGGAGAGCCGCCCGCCUGGACUGCAAGAUCAGCGGCUCCCCGCCUCCCUCUGUUACGUGGACUCAUUUUGGCCGCCCCGUGGAGGAGAGUGAGAAUCUGCGGCUGCAGCAGGACGGGGGUCUGUGCUCGCUGCACAUCGCCCACGUGGGCAGUGAGGACGAGGGACUCUACGCGGUCAGUGCUGCCAACACCCACGGCCAGGCCCACUGCUCAGCCCAACUCUACGUGGAGGAGCCUCGGACCGCGGCCACCGGCCCCAGCUCGAAGCUGGAGAAGAUGCCGUCCAUCCCCGAGGAGCCAGAGCACGGGGAGCUGGAGCGGCUGUCCAUGCCCGACUUCCUGCGGCCGCUGCAGGACCUGGAAGUGGGACUGGCCAAGGAGGCCAUGCUGGAGUGCCAGGUGACUGGCCUGCCCUACCCCACCAUCAGCUGGUUCCACAAUGGCCACCGCAUCCAGAGCAGUGAGGACCGGCGCAUGACACAAUACAGGGAUGUCCAUCGCUUGGUGUUCCCCGCCGUGGGACCGCAGCACGCAGGCGUCUACAAGAGCGUCAUCGCCAACAAGCUGGGCAAAGCCGCCUGCUAUGCCCACCUCUACGUCACAGAUGUGGUCCCAGGCCCCCCGGACGGGGCCCCUCAGGUGGUGGCUGUGACUGGGAGGAUGAUCACACUCACGUGGAACCCUCCCAGGAGCAUGGACAUGGCCAUCGACCCCGAUGCCCUCACCUACACCGUGCAGCACCAGGUGCUGGGCUCAGACCAGUGGACAGCGCUGGCCACAGGCCUGCGGCAGCCUGGGUGGGCAGCCCUAGGGCUGCGUAAGGGGGUCCAGCACGUCUUCCGGGUCCUCACUGCCACCGUCAAGAGCAGCAGCAAGCCCUCGCCCCCCUCUGAUCCUGUACAGCUGCUGGAGCAUGGCCCACCCCUGGAAGAGGCGCCUGCUGUGCUGGACAAGCCAGAGGUCGUGUAUGUGGUAGAGGGACAGCCCACCAGUGUCACGGUCACCUUCAACCACGUGGAGGCCCAGGUCAUCUGGAGGAGCUGCCGCGGGGCCCUCCUUGAGCCACGGGCAGGUGUGUACGAGCUGAGCCAGCCAGACGACGACCAGUACUGUCUUCGGAUCUGCCGGGUGAGCCCCCGGGACGUGGGGUCCCUCACCUGCACUGCCCGCAACCGCCACGGCACCCAGGCUUGCUCGGUCACCCUGGAGCUGGCAGAGGCCCCUCGAUUUGAGUCUAUCAUGGAGGACGUGGAGGUGGGGGCUGGGGAGACCGCUCGCUUCGCUGUGGUGGUGGAGGGAAAACCACUGCCCGACAUCAUGUGGUAUAAGGAUGAGGUGCUGCUCACAGAGAGCAGCCACGUGAGCUUCGUGUACGAGGAGAAUGAGUGCUCCCUGGUGGUCCUCAGCACGGGGGCCCAGGAUGGAGGUGUCUACACCUGCACGGCCCGGAACCUGGCCGGCGAGGUCUCCUGCAAAGCGGAGUUGGCUGUGUUUUCAGCUCAGACAGCUAUGGAGGUGGAGGGGGUCAGGGAAGACCAGGAGCAGCGCGGAAGGAGACUCGGUGACUUCUACGACAUCCACCAGGAGAUCGGCAGGGGUGCCUUCUCCUACCUGCGGCGUGUGGUAGAGCGGAGUUCCGGCUUGGAGUUUGCAGCCAAGUUCAUCCCCAACCACGCCAAGCCAAAGGCCUCGGCGUGGCGGGAAGCCCAGCUGCUAGCCCGGCUCCAGCACGACUGUGUCCUCUACUUCCACGAGGCCUUCGAGAGGCGUCGGGGACUGGUCAUUGUCACCGAGCUCUGCACCGAGGAGCUGCUGGAGCGAAUGGCCAGGAAACCCACCGUGUGUGAGUCUGAGAUCCGGGCCUAUAUGCGGCAGGUGCUGGAAGGAAUAUGCUACCUGCACCAGAGCCAUGUGCUGCACCUGGAUGUCAAACCCGAGAACCUGCUGGUGUGUGACAGUGCAGAGGGCGAAGAGCAGGUGCGGAUCUGUGAUUUUGGGAAUGCCCAGGAGCUGACCCCGGGGGAGCCCCAGUACUGCCAGUAUGGCACACCGGAGUUCGUGGCACCUGAGAUUGUCAACCAGACCCCAGUGUCUGGAGUCACUGACAUCUGGCCCGUGGGUGUCGUUGCCUUCCUCUGCCUGACGGGAAUCUCCCCAUUUGUUGGCGAAAACGACCGGACAACUCUGAUGAACAUCCGGAACUACAACGUGGCCUUCGAGGAGACCACAUUCCUAAGCCUGAGCAGGGAGGCCCGAGGCUUCCUCAUCAAAGUGCUGGUGCGGGACCAGCUGAGGCCUUCUGCAGAGGAGACCCUGGAACACCCCUGGUUCAAAACCCAGGCGAAAGGUGCAGAGGUGAGCACGGGCCACCUCAAGCUGUUCCUGUCCCGGCGGCGGUGGCAGCGCUCCCAGAUCAGCUACAAGUGCCACCUGGUGCUGCGCCCCAUCCCGGAGCUGCUGCGGGCUCCCCCAGAACGGGUGUGGGUGGCCUUGCCCCGAAGAACACCCCCCAGCGGGGGGCUCUCGUCCUCCUCGGACUCGGAGGAAGAGGAGCUGGAGGAACUGCCCUCGGUGCCCCGCCCACUGCAGCCCGAGUUCUCGGGCUCCCGCGUGUCCCUCACCGACAUUCCCACGGAGGACGAGACCCUGGGCACCUCGGAGGCUGGGGGUGCCUCGCUCACGGGCUGGCAGGAGCAGGGAAGGGCCCCCUCCCAGGAUCAGGCGGCCCCUGGCCCACAGGCCCUCCCCUCCCCAGGCCAGCAGCCCCCUGCCGGGUCCAGCCCCCCGCGGGGAGCUCUCAGGAGGGGCAGCUCGGCUGAGAGUGCCCUGCCCCUGGCCGGGCCGCGGGAACCGGGCCGGGGCCUGCACAAGGCAGCGUCUGUGGAGCUGCCGCAGCGCCGAAGCCCCAGCCCGGGGGCCACGCGCCUGGCCCGGGGAGGCCUGGGCGAGGGCGAGUAUGCCCAGAGGCUGCAGGCCUUGCGCCAGCGGCUGCUACGGGGGACCCCUGAGGAUGGCAAGGUCAGCGGUCUCAGGGGUCCCCUGUUAGAGAGCCUGGGGGGCCGUACCCGGGACCCCAGGCUGGCGAGGGCUGCCUCUAGUGAGGCAGCACCCCGCCACCAGCCUCCACCUGAGACGCGGGGCCUGCAGAAGAGCAGCAGCUUCUCUCAGGGUGAGGCUGAACCCCGGGGCCGGCACCGUCGGGCUGGGGCACCCCUAGAGAUCCCCGUGGCCAGGCUUGGGGCCCGCAGGUUGCAGGAGUCUCCCUCCUUGUCUGCUCUCAGUGAGGCCCAGCCACCCAGUCCAGCAAGACCCAGUGCCCCAAAACCCAGCACCCUGAAACCCAGCACCCCCAAACCCAGCGGUGCCCCCAAAUCUUUGGAACCUCCUGCCACCACACCUAGUCAUGUCCCUCAGCCCUCAGUGCCCCAGCCCGCCCAAGAGAAGGUCCUUAAGCCCUCGCCAGAGCCAGUCCCAGCCCCCAAGCCAACACAAGCCCCCACCGCUGUGCAAACCCCAGUGCCACCUGCCACUCCCUAUGCCCAGAUCAUGCAGUCGCUGCAACUGUCAGGCCACACACAAGGCUCCCCGCAGGCCCCUGCCACACCUCCGUCAGAGCCCAAACCCCACCCUGCUGUGUUCGCCAGGGUGGCCUCCCCACCUCCGGGGGCCCAAGAGAAGCAGCGGGUGCCUUCCCCGGCGCCUCCGGGGCCCGCUGGGAAAGCCCAUCCCGGGCUAGCAGAGAAAGCCCAUCCCCGGCUAGCAGAGAAAGCCCAGGUUCCGAAAGUACCCCGCAGGCCAGGCAGCAGCCUCAGCAGCAGCAUCGAGAACGUGGAAUCCGAGGCCGUGUUCGAAGCCAAGUUUAAGCGCAGCCGUGAGUCGCCCCUGUCUCGGGGGCUGCGGCUGCUGAGCCGCUCGCGUUCGGAGGAGCGCGGCCCCUUCCGCGGGGCCGAGGAGGAGGAUGGCAUGUACCGGCCCAGCCCGGCGGGGACGCCGCUGGAGCUGGUGCGACGGCCCGAGCGCUCCCGCUCCGUGCAGGACCUCAGGGCGGUCGGGGAGCCGAGCCUCGUCCGCCGCCUCUCGCUGUCGCUGUCCCAGCGGCUGCGGCGGACCCCGCCCGCACAGCGCCACACGACCUGGGAGGCCCGCGGCGGGGACGGCGAGAGCUCCGAGGGCGGCAGCUCGGCGCGGGGCUCCCCGCUGCUGGCGGCGCGCAGGAAGCUCAGCUCCACGCUGGAGCGGCUGUCCAGCCGUUUGCAGCGCAGCGGUAGCAGCGAGGACUCCGGGGGCGCGUCGGGCCGCAGCACGCCCCUGUUCGGACGGCUGCGCAGGGCGACGUCGGAGGGCGAGAGUCUGCGGCGUCUCGGCCUCCCCCAAAACCAGCUGGCCGUCCAGGCCGGCGCCACCACGCCUUCUGCCGAGUCCCUGGGCUCCGAGGCCAGCGGCACUUCGGGCUCCUCAGCUCCGACCGAAGGCCGAAGCCGGCUGCGCUGGGGCCUCUCUCGACCACGGAAGGACAAAGGGUUAUCCCAGCCGAACCUCUCCGCCGGAGCCCAGGAGGAUUCGGGUCACCCUUACGUGCGCAGCGAGUCAGACUUCCCCCCAGUCUUCCACAUCAAACUGAAGGACCAGGUGCUGCUGGAAGGAGAGGCGGCCACUCUACUCUGCCUGCCAGCGGCCUGCCCCGCGCCCCACAUCUCCUGGAUGAAAGACAAGGAGUCCCUGCGGUCAGAGCCCUCCGUGGUCAUCGUGUCCUGCAAGGAUGGGCGGCAGCUGCUGAGCAUCCCCCGGGCGGGCAAGCGGCACGCCGGGCUCUACGAGUGCUCGGCCACCAACGUCCUGGGCAGCAUCACCAGCUCCUGCACCGUGGCGGUGGCCAGGGUCCCAGGAAAGCUCACUCCUCCUGAGGUGCCCCAGACGUACCAGGACACGGCGCUGGUGGUGUGGAAGCCAGGAGACAGCCGGGCCCCUUGCACCUACACGCUGGAGCGGCGGGUGGAUGGGGAGUCUGCCUGGCACCCUGUGAGCUCAGGCAUCCCUGACUGUUACUACAAUGUGACCCACCUGCCACUUGGUUUGACCGUGAGGUUCCGGGUGGCCUGUGCCAAUCGUGCUGGGCAAGGCCCCUUCAGCAACCCUUCUGAGAAGGUCCUCGUCAGGGGCACUCAAGAUUCCUCAGUUCUGCCACCUGCUGCUCACCACCGUGCCCCUGUUACCUCAGGGCCAGCCCAGGCCCCACCUCCUGACUCUCCUACCUCACUGGCCUCACACUCCACCCCAGCCUCUGCUUCUCCAGCCCCCCAGUCAGCUGCUCUCAGCCCCUCAUCUCUCCCGACACCCCCCCACCAGGCCUUGUCCUCACUCAAGCCUGUGGGGCCACCCCAGACUCCCCCACGAAAGCACAGGGUCCUGCCAACAGCCAGGCAGAUAGAGCCCACCCCACCCAGUGCCCAAGCCACCCCAAGUGAGCCCAAGUCUUCCGUCCCUGGCAUUGGGACCCCCACCUUAGCCUCCACCCCUCAAGGGGUUAAACCAGCAUCUUCCUCAACUCCCCAGUAUAUGGUGACGUCCUUCGUGUCUGCACCCCCAGCCCCUGAGCCCCCAGCCCCUGAGCCCCCUCCUGAGCCCACCAAGGCGACUGUGCGGAGCCUCAGCCCAGCCAAGGACACAGUCAGCUCCCGUGGGGGUGGUCCCCCCAGCUCUCCUGGGCCAGAGGCCACCGCUCUUCGACAGGGUCCCCCUCAGAAACCCUACACCUUCCUGGAGGAGAAGGCCAGAGGCCGCUUCGGCGUCGUGCGAGCUUGCCGCGAGAACGCCACAGGGCGAACGUUCGUGGCCAAGAUCGUGCCCUACGCGGCAGAGGGCAAGCGGCGGGUCCUGCAGGAGUACGAAGUGCUGCGAACGCUGCACCACGAGCGGCUCAUGUCUCUGCACGAGGCCUACAUCACCCCGCGGUACCUCGUGCUCAUCGCUGAGAGCUGUGGCAACCGGGAGCUCCUCUGUGGACUCAGCGACAGGUUCCGGUACUCCGAGGACGACGUGGCCACCUACGUGGUGCAGCUGCUGCAAGGCCUGGACUACCUCCACGGCCAGCACGUGCUGCACCUGGACAUCAAGCCGGACAACCUGCUGCUGGCCCCCGACAACGCCCUCAAGAUCGUGGACUUUGGCAGUGCCCAGCCCUACAACCCCCAGGCCCUGCAGCCCCUCGGCCAUCGCACCGGCACACUGGAGUUCAUGGCUCCUGAGAUGGUGAAGGGAGAACCCAUCGGCUCUGCCACGGACAUCUGGGGCGUGGGUGUGCUCACUUACAUCAUGCUCAGUGGCCGCUCCCCAUUCUAUGAGCCAGACCCCCUGGAAACAGAGUCUCGGAUUGUGGGGGGCCGCUUUGAUGCCUUCCAGCUAUACCCCAACACCUCCCAGAGCGCCACACUUUUCUUGCGAAAGGUCCUCUCCGUACAUCCCUGGAGCCGGCCCUCCCUGCAGGACUGCCUGGCCCACCCGUGGCUGCAGGACGCCUACCUGAUGAAGCUGCGCCGCCAGACACUCACCUUCACCACCAACCGGCUCAAGGAGUUCCUGAGCGAGCAGCGUCGCCGCAGGACCGAGGCGGCCACCCAUCACAAGGUGCUGCUCCGCUCCUACCCAGGCAACCCCUAGCGGCCACCGGACCACAGCCGGCCUCGGGCUUCCACUUGGGUUCCUGCUGCCUGCCGCGUGGGACAUUCCAGGGCCCGCACUCAGCCCGGUGGGCCUGGGGCUUCGGACACCACCAGCAGCAUCACCCCGCCGGGCUGUUACCUCAUGGACCCGCAGGGACGGAGGCCCCGGCUUUGGUCAAUGCCACCCUGGUCAGAGCCGCAGGGGACCCGCUGGCCAGGCUGGGCUGUGGUGGGAGCAGGAAGAGGGGCAGGAAGGGAAGGGGGAAGUGAUGAAGAAGAGAAGCUGGGGGUUAAGCAGGAGAGGCUCUAGGAAGGUUCUAGGGGUGAAGGGGCUGUGAGCGCCUGGACAGGUGGAAAAGGAAGGAGCCCAGGGCCGUGGGCUGGGAGUGAGUGAGGGUCAGGGGAGCGGGGACGCCGUGCAGGGAGCCAAGGCCAGCAUGUGAGAGGGCGCUGAGGUGGGGGCGGGCGAGGGGAGCACUCAGGUGGGGGAGCUGCCAGCAUCCCUGGGGGAGAACUUGGGGGGCUGGAGGCAGGGGCCACUCACGCCAGCGCUCGCCCAGGGCUGAAGCUCUGGGCAGCCCGUGCUGAGCCCCGAGUGUCUCCACUGCCCCUCUGCGGCCUUUGUCCUUCUUCCCAUCCAUAUUUAUUUAUUUAUUGACUUUUACGAAGUUUCCCUUCAUCUAACCCCUAGCCUGUGUUGUCCUGACCACACCCCCCCCACCACCACCACCAGCCAUCCAGCUGUCUGUGCAGCUGUCUGUCUGUCUGUCACAAGGAAAAUAAA